AUUAUACUCACCGCAUGUGUAUAGAUAUAUAGAUACAGAUGCAUAUAUAGUAUGCUGGAUUGGUGGUAUCCCCUGUAAUUGUUUUUGUUCGUUUGGCGCGCGACUUGGUUAAAAUGCCGACUACCCUGAAAAGGAAACGCUCCCCGUCGCCGCCUCCGCCUUGCAAUCAUGGCGCCGCCGCCGUUCGCGGACGGGGUCCAUACCCAGAUUUCCCCAAACCUACCAUGGAAGAUUGCCGGGGCGUGCUGGAUGACCUUAUGGCCCUCCACGGCUUUCCCAAGGACUUCCUCAAGUAUCGCAAACAGAGACUUCUGCUAAACGAGAAAUCCCCUGUUCUUGACCUCAACCUCCCUAAUCCUGAGGAAGACGGUGACGAUGCCGACGGAGUUUUCCAAGAGAGUGUGCUGGAUGGUCUAGUGGGCGCCAUACUGUCGCAGAACACCACCGAGGUCAAUGCUCGGAGGGCUUUCAGUACUCUCAAAUUUUCUUUCCCCACAUGGGAAGAUGUUCAUGCUGCUGAGCCAAAGUUAGUUGAAGAAGCUAUAAAAUGUGGGGGCCUUGCACCAAGCAAAACAGCUUGUAUUAAGAACAUCUUGAAAUGCUUGCUUGAGAAAAAAGGGAAGUUGUGCCUGGAGUACCUUAGAGAUCUAUCUAUUGUGGAAAUCAAGAAAGAGCUUUCAUGCUUUGGUGGAGUUGGACCUAAAACGGUGGCUUGUGUCUUGAUGUUUCAUCUACAGCAAGAUGAUUUUCCUGUAGACACACAUGUCUAUCAGAUUGCGAAGACGGUUGGUUGGGUUCCAGCAGAGGCAAACUUGAACAAGACGUAUCUGCAUCUCAAUCAACGAAUUCCAAAUGAAUUGAAAUUUGACCUGAACUGUCUACUGUACACCCAUGGCAAGGCCUGUGGGCAAUGCUCGCGGAGAGGAUCUGAAAAAGCCAAAAAGGAUGCCAAAAGUGAAGACCACACCAUCCCUUGCCCUUUGUUGAAAUACAAGCCUCUAAUGCUCCAAAAUGGUUAAAUGGUAGUAGUGUACAAAAUUACAAAUUACAUUAUUUUAUCAUGUGCAUAAGUAGUUCCAAAAUGAUUUUAAUGGCUAAUCAUGUUACAUUUCCAUUGUGCUACUCUCUGAUGAUCACAAUGAUUUUUUCCUUUUACAUGCCCCGCCAUAUGCUUGAUUUUGUUCCCUAUGAUUAUGAGAUCUUUGCAAGUUCCAUGUACAAAUUUCACAUCAUAAUGUAAUCAAAGUAUAGUUUACCAGGUAGGUACGGGG